AUGGAGAGGAGGAAUAUAUUUAGUUUACUAUUACUAUUCUUUGGUGUAUUAUUACUAUUACAAGCAUUGUCGGUCGAUGCCAAAAAAGAAAAGGAAUCAACAACGAAAAAGACAUAUACGACGACGGGACAAUAUCAUCAUCGUCAUCAUCAAGACCUAAAUCAACAACAAGUGAAUGAUGUCAUUCAAUCGACUAUAGACAAAUAUACAAAGAGAUUGUUAGAGGAUAAAGUCUUUUUGAAUUUUAAAGAAAUCCUAGAACAACAACAGCAGGACAAUAAUAAUAAUAAUAAUAAUAAUAACGAUGAUACAAAACAACAAAAAGAACAAGAACACAAACAUGACCAUAAAUGUUCACAUGAUAGUAAUGCAAAUUCACAUGUCGAUAACAUAAUCAAGAGAAUUUAUGAUAAUCUUAAUAAUCCUCCAGAUUCUUUUGAAAACCAACAAAACCAACCGAUGCAACAACAACAAGAACAACUAGAACAACAAAAACUACAAUUUACAAACACGACGACUAAAAAGACAUUGGAGAAACUAUUCCUUUCCAAUAGUUCAACUGUCCAACAUCUUCUUUCAAGUGACAGUUUAUUUCAAUCAUGUUAUGAUAUUUCCGAAUUAUCAAAAACUAUUCCUAUCUUUGUCAAUACCAAUAAUCGACAUAUCAUAUAUAAUAAUACUUUAAAUAAUAAUAAUAAUAAUAAUAAUAAUAAUAAUAAUAAUACUUUUUCAAAUUCAACUUCUUCAUCUUCCAAUUCUUCAUCUUCUUCUUCUUCUUCUCCAACUUUACAAUCUAGGCAAAAUAAUAAUAAUAAUAAUAAUAAUACUUUAACUUCAACAACUAAACAAUCAUUACCAUCUGGAUGUUAUCCAAGAAAUUAUAAUCCAUUUCCAACAAAUCCAACAACCUUUCCAUUACCUACUGGUGACAGUGAAUAUGAUGAUAGUGGAUAUCAGUCACUACGUCUUCAGUAUAAUACAUCCUAUUUAAACACUUCUGUGGCAUGUGGGUCACAGUGCACUUAUCCGGGCGAAGUUAUUGUGCUCGAUUCAUAUUUGGGGUGUCCCAACACUACCUGUCUAUACUUGUGUCGUGAAGCCGAUGUCGUGACACCUGCAUUUGUACAAUAUUUUUCACAUCACGUUUUACCAGCCACCGCAGAGAUUGGUAGUAAUGCUGGUGUGCCCAACACGGAUCUAUUGAUCUAUGUCACCGCACGACCACAGACUGUCGCCAUUGCAUUUGGCAUGCCAUGUGCAUUUGAUUGGUAUGGAGGUGAUUCUGACAGGACUACUGACGGUAUGUUGGGACGUCCACUCGUUGGUUUCAUCAAUUUUGCACCAUCCUAUUUCAGAGAUGCACCAGUGGGCAAUGCCAACAAGACAAACUUUUUCUUUCAACGAGCUGUACAGACUGCUCUUCACGAAACCAUACAUGUAUUGGGGUUCUCUUCGGCACUCUAUAACCUUUUCCUCGACCCUGACGGACAAAAACAUGACAUGCCCGUCGUCAACUCGUCACUUCGCGGUGUCAACCCUUUCAAUGACACUGUCACCAAAGCCGUCCGUAAAAUCUCUACUCCUCAAGUUGUCAAAAUUGCCAGAAAACAUUUUGAUUGUCCAUAUCUUGAUGGUGUUGAAUUGGAAGAUUGUAAUAAUACAAAUACUGAUUGUUCACAUUGGGAAUCAAGAAUAGCAUAUACUGAAAUCAUGACAUCAGAUAGUUCAUUAACAAUGACAUUGUCAGUUUUAACGUUGGCACUUUUACAAGACAUGGGAUGGUAUUAUAUAAAUCCGUCCUAUGCCCAAGAGUUUUUAUGGGGGAAGGGUGAAGGAUGUAAUUUUGUUUAUGGACGAUGCGAACACAUAAGGCUUGGCGAGAGAGACAAUGGAGGUUAUUUUUGCAAUUCACCAAAUAAUAUGGGGUGCACCCCUGAUCGAAGAGGAAUGUCCAACUGCAACAUCAAAUAUUAUGACGACUUGCAACCAUAUCAAAUGCAUUUACAAGAUAAAUUUGCAGGUGGUCCACAAAAUGCCGACUAUUGUCCAUUCUACCAACUUCCUGCAGCUCUUAGCAACAACACUGGUAAUCUUUGCACAUUAAAUGGUGGAAUGUCAUCAAGAUGUUUUUUACAACUAUCUCGUGAUAAAUAUAUUUCAACUCCUAGUUGUUUUGAACACAAAUGUUUAGAAAAUGGAACAUUGGAAAUUCAAGUAAAUCAUGAGAAUAUGACAUGUGGAGUAGUAUGUCCAAAAGAAGGAGGAGAGAUAUGGGUUUCAUCACUUGGUUCUUUUAUUUUAUGUCCACCAUCCAAUUUUCUAUGCAAGACGAUCGAGUUGAAUGUCAUACGACCGACUGGCUACUAUAGUCCCAAACAACCAAUUCCAUUUUACAAAGAGAAAAAGUUUUGGGUACCAUUGGCAGCCGCUGGAGGUUUACUCGUCAUUGGAUCAGCUGUUGGUGUUAUAGUUUACAAGAAAUUGUUUUCUAAAAAAUCAGUUGCUAGACGUGCUGCUACAUCUUCAGAUAUCAAAAUGAAAAAGUUAAAAUCAAAAGAAAAGAUCGACCCAUAG